AUAUGCACAAACUCUACGAACUGUUUCGGCUGGGAAGCAUGCGGACGACUUCAAGCGUCGGGGGCACAAUGCUGUUUUCCUCGAAGAGGACGAAGAAGUGGUUUAGCUCGCCGGGAGCGAGGCGCUGGCUUUUCCCGUUGUAAUCCGUAUGGAGUCCCUGCCACAUAGCCUACGUCUUGUAUCUGAGGCGUUGAUUUGCGACUCCACCUUGUCCAUGUAUUGUCGUUUUUCCUCUUUGAUUGCAGGAGGUCGCAACUGGUCUGUUUGUAGGCUACACGUCCAUUUCCCAGUCACCUUUCCAUGAUUAAAUGCAGUGGUUCACGCUUUCAGUUUUGCACUAAUGCUGCUAUCUAUCCAGGUCAUACAGUCUCUUGAAAUGUGUCUUUCGUUUAAUUAGGCAAGGAGUUCAAGGAUGGCUUUGUUUUGCAAUCCAAACUACUCUGUGUGAAAUAAAUAGCCUUAGAAUGAAUCGUGCAAAACACUGAAAUAGCAGUAGACCUAGAUUUAUGCACUGUUAAAAUAGAAUUUCCCAUAUAUGUAGGCUGCGCAUGAAGCACUGAUGCCGCCUAUAUGGCGUCUGAACUCCCGGUGUUCCUAACAAGUAAAUAAAGCGCAACUCUUAAAAUGGAUUUGUGGUGGAGCGCAGGGAGAGCCUGCAUUUGCGUGCGCAUUAGUUGUGACGUCGAGCAAACGAAUCACAAGACUGGAGGACCCGUAUUGAGCUGUGUUUCGGGUGUAUUUGUGUGUGACUGUGGAAACAUGUCGGCAAGGAUGGUGCACACCGGAGGACCUGUGUCAAUGAAAUCCACCAAAACUUAAAGAACCAGUGCAAAUUCACCCUAUAAAGAAUUGGACAAACUCCGGCGACCAGUUUUACGAUUGUGUUAUCGGUCUACUGACUCGUGCGUUUUAUUCAGUGGCAGAAUUAUCCAAAGCGAAUGGUGGAAGAAUAGUCUCCAAAAGUAGACACGGGACGUCGAAAGUGGAGUGGAGAGAAGGUCUCGGCAGGUAGAGACGGACGCUCGCUCUUGGAAUGUUAUCCGUACUCUCCUAUGGCAGACUGGUCGCGAGGGCUGUCCUUGGCGGACUCUCUCAAACUGAUGGUCGGGACUACAGCCUGGUCACAGCUAGCUGCGGGUUUGGGAAAGACUUUCGUAAGGGGAUCUUGAAGAAAGGGAUGUGUUACGGGGAUGACGCUUGUUUCAUUGCCCGGCAUAGGUCCGCUGACGUCUUGGGUGUGGCGGAUGGUGUAGGUGGAUGGAGGGACUACGGGGUGGACCCGUCCCAGUUCUCUGCCACCCUGAUGAGGACAUGUGAGCGACUGGUGAAGGAGGGCCGCUUCACCCCCAGCAGCCCUGUGGGCAUCCUCACCUCUGGCUACUAUGAGCUCCUACAAAACAAAGUACCCCUGCUUGGGAGCAGCACAGCAUGUAUCGUGGUCCUGGACCGAAGGAGCCACCAACUGCACACGUGUAAUCUAGGGGACUCUGGUUUCCUGGUGGUGCGAGGGGGAGAGGUGGUGCACCGCUCAGACGAACAGCAGCACUACUUCAACACCCCUUUCCAGCUGUCCAUUGCUCCCCCAGGGGCAGAGGGAGUGGUGCUCAGUGACAGCCCUGAGGCCGCUGAUAGCGCCUCCUUCGAUGUCCAGCUGGGUGACAUCAUCCUGACCGCCUCGGAUGGCCUCUUCGACAACAUGCCCGACUACAUGAUCCUGCAAGAGCUCAAAAAGCUCAAGAGCGCCAACUAUGACAGCAUCCAGCAGACGGCACAGAGCAUUGCAAAGCAAGCGCACGAACUGGCCUAUGACCCCAACUACAUGUCCCCUUUCGCUCAGUUUGCCUGUGACAAUGGCCUGAAUGUAAGAGGGGGGAAGCCUGAUGACAUCACGGUGCUGCUGUCCAUUGUGGCAGAAUACACAGACUAAGUGUGUGAUGCUUAUUGGAUCCGUUUACUUCCCGCCAUUCAAGUCUUCCACCUGCCUCCUCAAGUGCACUGGUUCCUGUCGGAUGGACUGCAGACCCCCCCCAUAUCCCCUCACUGACCUUCCUAUCUCACCGCCACAACAUGGAAUACAAACUCCUCACCACAGAAUUUAGCUCUCUGUAUUUUUCCAUUUUGUUUUGGUACUGUAUUAGUGAGAGGAGGCAGGCAGUUAAGACUUUCUCGUGUUAAUCAUGAUGCACACGGUGUAGAACAGCACACUGCUUUCUUCCCAUUCUCCCAUAUCUUAUUUCAAAACAUCACUUCAUUGGGACUGUGACCGAAGUGCAGUCCUGAAUGCAGGGGGGUUUGCUUUUGCGGGGAGGGACCCGAUACGGGGAUAGAGUUGGGCUCAGUCGCCCUGAAACAAGCAGUGGUAUUAUAAGUAAAGUAAGACAUGGUUUGUGGUUGUUAGGGAGAUUUGAGUGUCUGUGUUGUAAAUGUCGUAGCUGUGUGAUGAUCUGUUCCAAGUCUUCUAUGUGUGUGACUGAAUACUAAGACUGGGGAAUUGAGAGGGACUGUGUUGUUGUGGGUUUUAGAGAGGGUUGUGGGUUGUAAUAAGAAAGGAUGUAGAUACAGUAUGAGUUUGGUGUUGUCUUGGACUUGUAUGAAGGGGUAGCUGGCCAGUACCAUUUACUAGCGCCUCCUAGCAGGGAUUUCUCCAGAGUGCCACCUUUAGGCUAGUCUGAAAUGUCACCACAUUGAGGUUACUGAAAAGUUCUGUCAGUGCACACAGCCUCAUGGAUUUGUAAAUAUUGUGUGUUGUGAAACAAGGCAGAGUGUGUCUUCACUUUGACGCUGAUAAGGAUGAUCAUUUUGCUUUGUGACAGAUGUGUACGAACGAGCAUUCACAAUCUAUAAAGGUAAAUAUUCUCAAUCCCUCCCUUCCGUGGGCCGAAAGAACCACGACAUUGACAUGGACACGUUUGACUCGAUAGUAGUGUCAGAACUGACGGCAUGUCUGCGUGGCAUGUCUUUGUCGAUUUGUGCGUGCGUACGUGCGCACUAAGUGGGUGUAGGUUCUUGUUUGAAUGUCUUUGCUGUUGAUACGUGUUAACUUGCAAAGCUAAUGCUAGCAUCUGGGAAUGCUUUCAACCGAACCAAUAGGGCAGGUAUGAAUUAUAUAUAAAGAAAAAAUGAUUUAUUUUUAUAACUUUAAUGUUAUUAGUUUGAGAGCCAUGAUGUGACGGUUGAAAUGUGUCAUCCAACAUAUGGAUUCACCAUGUGAUUAUUUUGUGACGCCUUAUAUAGCGCCAUGGAUGGCAAAUAAGAAUCACACCAUCUUACUACACAGCAGGAAUCACACCAUAUAGCGGGAAUCACACCAUCUUACUACACAGCAGGAAUCACACCAUCUUACUACACAGCAGGAAUCACACCAUCUUACUACACAGCAGGAAUCACACCAUCUUACUACACAGCAGGAAUCACACCAUCUUACUACUCCGUAGGAAUCAUAUGUAGUCUGUGUGGUGGGUGUGUCAUCUCUAAAAAAUAUUUUUUUCUAGAUUUGUUCUGUCUCCCAAUAAUGAUUUACUUGCUGCUUUUAUUUUGUCAUUUCAAUGUGUUUGACUGUACAUUAUUUAUGUGAAUGGUGUGUGCGCCAUUUUGUUAUUUUUGAUCAUCCUGUACUGGUCUUGGCAUGCUGUUGAUUCUUCUGCAUAAUAGCAGAAUACAAACACCUCUCUUCAUUGUUAGCCAGUGUUUGCUCUGUUAUGAUUAUGAAGCCAGUGCACCAAAGAGAAGUAUUCACUAUCUUUGCCCCAUUGAUUUUAUCUGGGUUUGGAGUAAAACAUGCACCAAUACUGUAACAUGAAAUGUCUCUGUAUUUUCACAUUGAGAGCAUAUCUGUCAAUCUGUUUGACAGGUAAUCUGUCAUUUUGCUUGUGGGGAAUGAUGCCCGGUUGUAUUUUCGGUGCACAACAGUCAAAGACCACUAAGGUGUCUUUAUAUUUGUGCCUAAAAUGCAAUGUGACCAGAACAGGGUUGUAUUGGCAUCUCUAGUUGUAAACGGGUGUCCUGACUCUCUGAGGUCAUUAAAGAUCCCAUUGCACUUAUCGUAAGAGUAGGAGUGUUAACCCCGGUGUCCUGGGUAAAUUCCCAGUCUGGCCCUCAUACAAUCAUGGCCACCUAAUCAUCCCCAGCUUACAAUUGGCUCAUUCAUCCCCCUCCUCUCCCCUGAAACUAUUCCCCAGGUCGUUGCUGUAAAUGAGAAUGUGUUCUCAGUCAACUUACCUGGUAAAAUAACGGUAAAAUAAAUAAAAUUGUAUGUGACAGGUAGUCUGUGAGCAACAAACUACAAUGCAGGCUUUUGAAUCCUUAAAGAAACCAAAGAAGGAGAGCUGAACUUCACAAGCAUGACCAUCUAAAACCUACAGUCAGGCUAACAUAGUGUAAUGGAGACCAAUUAAGUUGUCACUAUGUAUCAUCUUGCUUAGUUUUGCAUAAAAAAUCAUUUAAAAGGACAUCAAGCAAUCAUACAGGCAAGAUCAAUGGGUACAAUUAAAUGUAUGUUUGUGUACUAAAUACUAUUUCAAUUUGGUUUAAGUUAAUUUUCUGUAGCCUUUGACUUCAUUUCAUGAAUAUCGUCUCCUAUAUGUUCUGUAUUUGCAUGACAAGCUGUCUUUGUCCCAGCUAUUUGAACUACUGGAAUUUGCUUACCUGCAAAGGUGCCCCUGUCACUCACAGCUUGCCUCGCCUCAAUGUCUGAUCAGCUCCCCUUAAUUUAAAGGUUGUCCUUCAAACACUUAAACAUGCACCGAUGUUCAUUUGGUAAUUCUCAUAUUUCCAGUUUGCUCUUUCUGACAGCACUGUGUUAAUGAAUUAUUACCUGAUCUGAUUUUGAGACAGUUAACCUCUAUGGUUUAAGGACACUCUGUGUUGAAGCAGGAAGGGCGAGGCAGGUUGAAGUGUUUUUUUUAUUGAUAAUGGUGAGCACCGAUUCCGCCUUAACAAAUAGAUGUAUGUUGCUCAAUGUCAAUUAAGUCCCUGUAAUUCUGUCCACACUCAUGACAGUUUUUCAAUGGUGCUUCUGCUGUCAAGACAAGGUCUGUGUGUUUUUCUCUAAGCAAUGUUUGUGAGUAUGAAAGCUACAUGUGUGUGCGCAGUGUAAUAAUGCAGGACUAGUUUCUGUAAAUAUGUUUUCAAAGUUGCAAAAUAUUUAAAUAAAGAAUAUAGUAUUUAUACUAA